UUGCUGCCUUUCGCGAUGACUUUCAAAGGAAUUUAAGAUUUUCUUUUACUGUAUAUUGUCGACGUGAAGAGUAAACUGCUCAUUGUCGGAAGACGUCGUGGGAGGUCAGAGUGAGCUGCGUCGACGCUGACACCAGGAGCAUCGCGAAUGGCGGUUGCUGACACGAGGGAGGGGCGAGGAACGAAGCGUUCGCAGACGGAAUCCAGCGUGCAGGCCAAGUCCAAGAAGAUCGGCCGACCAUCCCACGGAGGCUCGCAGUGCUCUCACCCUGGCUGCCUCAACAAAGCCCAAACCAAAGGCAAGUGUCGAACGCAUACAAGAAAUGGCAAGUGCUCCUAUUCAGGGUGUGACAAGCAAGCUCAGUUCAAGGGAUUGUGUGCUGGCCACGGUGGAAAAAGAGUUUGUUCUCAUCCUGGAUGCGACAAGAAGGUCGCGUCGAAAGGGAAGUGUGGUGACCAUGGAGGAGGUAGACCGAGUUCGUAUCAGAAGCGACGUAAGUCGACCAGGCCAAGAGGCAAAGGCAGUCAACAAGAGGACACCACGUUUUCCCUAUUGGCAGCGACGGCAGCGGUGAUGCCGCCAGUCUCGUUCGCCGAUAGUCGUGGAUCGAUGGUUUCUCUCUUACUGGGAGAGUCAUCUCGUGCAGUGGGAAAUACAGCGAUAAUCGCUACCAGCGAAGGGAGCGCCCAACAGGAAACGUCCGGUGAUAUCGUGUCGGAGGUUGUGGUUUAAAGCAUAGAUGCAUGAUCCGAUCUCAGAGACGUUCAUUUCAAAAUUAAUCAAUGUCACUCACUGUACCACACUCUCA